UGGAUAUUGAGCUUUGUUUUUUGUUGUUUUUUUUUUUAGAAAACCAAGUCCAUUGUAAAAGAUUGCAUUGGUGUGACAGAAACAAUGAUUAGCUCUAUUUCAAGCAAGUAUAGAACACAGACAGACCCUUCGGUUUUGAACAGGUCUCAUCUGGAAAAAUCGAGGUCUUUCUCUUUUUUAGAAAAGGGGCAAACAGGAAACACUGGAUUUCUGAAAGGAUCUAGUCAUUCCAAGCAAAUUAAGAUGAAUGCUGUGCAGACUGGGGAUGAUAUUUACAAUUUCAGCGAUGAAUCCACAGUUAAUCGUGGGGCAAAUGAUACAAGACGCUCAGAACAAUCAGGAAAAUCAGACAAAAGUGGGAAAGCUGAAGAAUCCAGAAUCAAGUCUGGCUCCCUAGAGAAAGGUGAAGGUGAAAAGCCUGGAGGUCGCUUUGUGAAGAAGCACCUGUUCAGUGACACAGACACAGAGCCCAGGGCUGAUGACAGUAGGAUUGAGGUCAGCUGGCUCCGGGAUUAUAACAGGAGGUCCAAACCAAACGUUGUGGACUAUAGCAGACAGCGGCACGGCAAGCAACCCCCCAGUCCUGGCAAUGAUAAAUCGCCAGAGUUUCCAAAGCUGCGUAAUGAAAAAGCAAAAGCCAAAAAGAAUGUGGGAGGGAAAGAAAGUGCACAGAAGGACAAAGCAGUGCCCACCAAGAGGACAGGGAGGCCACAAAGGGCAGCUGCCAAAGGCCAUAGGUACUGGGAGCCCUCGGAAUCAGGCAGUGAUGUUGAAUCAAUGGCAUCGUUACAAGAAGAAGAGCAGUCUGUUUAUAAGCCUAAGCAGCAUCCAGCUAAAAGAAAUCGGGAACGGAACAAAAAGGUGUGUGCGCCUCCAGAGCAGAAGAAGAGUGCUGGUGCAUUGCUGCAGGUUACAAUGCGUAAAGAGCUGCAGAAAACAUGGAUAGCAACCUCACCUCCACCGUCCAUAGAAAAGAUGAGAUGUGCAGAGAAGUCAAAAGUAGUUGCAAGACCUGCUGCUGCUCCAGCUCUGCCUGAUUUAACCCCCAAGCCUAAAAAUCCCCAUGAGAACCCAAAACAAAUCCAUCCCAGAAAGUUCUAUAAAUCAAAUAAGAGUAAUCUGAAAGCACCGUCCCCUCAUUCACCUGAGGCAGCUGCCAAGUCACCAAAGAUCAUAGUGCAGGAUAUUGAUGAUGUGUCACCUCUUUUAAGUCCAGUGGUAAUGCCCUUACUCACCUCGACUAUUCUGAAGAAGUCUUUGGUUAGUGAGAAGGAUCUGGAUGAAGAGAUGAAGCUAUGUCUGGAGAUCCAGGAUAGCCUGAAACAGGCUGUCUCAUCGGACAACGAAUGCGCCAUAUCAGUCGAAUCACACAGCAAUUCCUCUGACAAAAUAGCACUGUACACUGAGAGAGAAGUAUGUAUCUAUACAUGUUACCAGUUUCAGGUUGAAUAG